AUAUGUCAGUCAAGUUUCAGCAGCGCAGAAAGUUAUUCCCCGGCAAUCAGAGUAAUCGAGGCGAAAUUGAGCAAGUAACUGUAAAUUAGGCUUCCAGGACAAUUCAUUUAGGCAUCUACCAGGUCCCCUGUGCUUUCUUCGAUCCUCUAUGCACCCUAUUGUUGUUCACAAUCACAGCCGAUGGAAACGGCCAUAGCUGCGGUUGCAGGUGAACUUCUCAGCCGAUUCAUCUCCUUCACCAUAAACAAAUUCUGCUCGAGCUAUGAAUGCUUGGAAGGGAAGGGGGAGAGGCUGCAGCAUCUCCUGAUGAGGGUUCAUACCGUAGUUGAGGAGGCCGAUGCACGACACAUCACCAACUCUGGAAUGCUGAUGCAGCUCAAGAUACUUUCGGAGGCCAUGUAUAAGGGCUACCUUGCGUUGGAUACCUUGAGAUUCCAGCUCCACGAGGAUAGUUCCAUGAACAAGGUUAGCGACUCAUUCCCCAUCUCUUCUACCACCCGUCUCAAACGUCGCCGCACAAUUCUUGAUCCAAUGAAUAAGGGCAAGGUCCUCGACCAUGAGGUGAAUGGUGCAUUGGAAAAUCUGGAAACAGUUGUCUCUAACAUAGCAGAGUUUGUUGUACUAUUGGGUGGGUGUGAGCGCAUGUCGCGUAGACCCUAUGAUGCAUAUCUUUACAUGGGCAAUUUCAUGUUUGGUCGACAUACUGAGAAGCAAAAGCUCUUGAACUUCUUAUUGCAACAUAACCCAGAUGAUGCACCUGCUGUCCUACCUAUCAUUGGUGGUCUUGCCGUUGGGAAGAAAACAUUGGUCGCCCAUGUAUGUGCUGAUGAGAGGAUACGCUCACAAUUCCCUUCAAUUUUUCAUCUGAAUGGAGACAACUUUCUGUCUAUUGUCGACCAUGAAAAGGCCAUGCUGGAGAUGUCGCUGCUAGUUGUUGAGUUUGUUUCAGAUGUAGAUGACAUGGAAUGGAAAGAGUUCUAUUCAUUUGUGAGAAGAACAAAUAGAAGAAGCAAGGUGGUCAUCAUAGGCAAACUUGAAAGGUUAGCAAGAUUUGGUUCAGUAAGACCAAUUUUUCUUAGUACACUUCCAUAUGAGGAGUUAUGGUACCUCUUCAAGGUACUUGCAUUUGGAAGUGCAGACCCAGCUGAACAUCCACGGCUGGUACACAUAGCAGAAGGAUUUGCCAAGGAAUUGCAUCAGGAAGGAUCACUUGUCGCUGCAAAUGCAUUGGCUGACAUGUUGAGAAGGAAUCUGAAUGCUCAACUCUGGUUUUGCAUAUUGAACAGGUGCAAAAAAGUGAUUGAGAAGAACAUCUUCGCAUACGGUCAGAAACCAAUAUCACUUAUCGAACAAGGCCAUGAGGUAGACAUGACAGACUUCGCUUUGAACCCUGUUUCUCCCAUUCACAUCAUACCAUGUACUAGUAGCAGUAGCACGACUUACGUAUACGCUCCAGUGAAAGAAUUACCAAAGGUGACACUUGGAGAACUGGUAUUAGAUCCUUCUGUUAGGCCGAACGGACAAUUUAAUUUAGUGUCAUGGGAAUCAAGGUUACCCCCUUAUACUUCUUUUGUUCACUUUGUUCCAAAUUGCACCGAAGGUAUGCCUGAAGGUACUCAUGUUUCGGAGGAAGCGCAGAGGAGCGGCUUUCUAAGAACAUGAUAUAUGUAAUUAUACUAGUUAGAUGUACCAUUUUUCAGAUCAGUGGCAAUAUUGUAUUUGUGUGGCACUUUUAUUUGAUUAUUGCAAACUAUUGGAGAAAUUUGAUGAUACUAGCUAACCGCUC